UGUAGUUCGCCCUGAUAACAACCGACAAAUGGGAGUAAUGUCCGUUACUUGAUAAAUCAGUGUUAAUUUGGUUUUCAUGGUGACAGUGGUCUACAGUUUUGCUACUCUGACGCGGGCGACGACUUUUGACCGGCAGAUAACUCUGUCAAAGGCUGGGCUUGUUAGUAAUGUUUUGUGUAGAAUUACUUGAAGCUAGCUAACGAUAACCUGCUGUCUUUUAGUCAAUUCAGAAUAGAGUUAGAGUCAGAGUUAUUUUAAAGUAAUGUUGAGUUUCAGUGCAUGAGUUUGUUGUCUUGCGCUGUGAGGAGAAAAGGUGAUGUCUGAGACCAGGGUUAACCCGUAUGAACCCGAGGCUGGGACAUACGGUGACCAGGGUGGACCAUGCACCGACUCUGUGAAACCUCUGAGUUGUGAUGCUUCCAGGCCUGACUUGCAGGGUCUUCUACCCGCUGGCCACCUCUCCGCAGCAGACGUUAGCCCCUCACCUUCUGCGGAGACAAGUGGUUUGUUGUCGUUACCAUGGGAGAUGGUAACCCACAUUGCCUCGCACCUUCCUGCUCAAUGUGUCAUCACUGUGCUGCCAAAGGUCUGUCAUGCUUUGGGUAAUGUGGGUAAGGACAGCACCGCCUGGCAGCUCAGAGCACGCAGACUAACAGGACCCCGAGCUGGUUUUCCAGUGGGGCCAAGGGAGGACUUUGACUGGGCUACUGCCUGCCUGGAGAUGGAGCAGCUUAUAACCUGCUGGACAAGCCAAGCACACCUUUUGUCCAAACAGACCCAAGAGGAUGAAGAGGAGAGGGAUCAAGUAAGGCAGCAGCAAAUGGCAGGGCAGGAUAGGGAACCAGGUGCAGAAGGACAGGAAGAUGGUAGAGAGGCUCAGGUAGAAGGUGUGGGAGUGGCAGCACAGGAGGCUGCGUAUGGUGCUGAUGAAGGGAUGGAGGUGGCAAUAGAAGGUGAGGAUGGUGAAAUGCAGCCCAUGGAAGGUGAGGACCAACUAGCAAGACUAAGAGAGGAGUUGGAAGAGAGACUGGAAGAUGAUGGACCAGCACUAAUUGAAGGAGAAAGGGACCACAGGAUGGUGUUUGAUGCUAAUGAUGGGCAAGAUGGCGCUCUUAAUCACCAAGAGGACUUGGCAGACCCCAGGAAUCUCAAUAAUGGAGGACAGGUAGAGAUGGAGCAGUGUCAACCCCCCAGAAGUCCUAGCCCACCCCCAGCUUUGGAGUGCAUCACCCUACCUUCAGGCCACAUUGCCCAAGUCAACUCGGUCCUCCUUGUUGGGGGAGAGGGGACAGUUUGCGCCACAGGUUCCAGGGACUGGAAUGUUAAACUUUGGGAUCUGCAAGCAGGCCCUAGUGGCACGCUGCUGCACACAUUGGGAGGGCAGGGCGACUUCAGCACCCACCGGGGCUGGGUCUGGUGCCUGGCAUCUCAGGGAUCUCUGCUGGCUUCAGGGGGCUUUGACAGCACGGUGAGGCUGUGGGACCUACAGGCAGGUGGUGCAGAGAGGGGCUUGAUCAAGGCCGGGGCUGCUGUCCUCUGCUUGUCCUGUCAGACGGAUGUGUUGCUGGCUGGUACAUUUGACAAGAGGGUCAGCAUGUAUGACACCAGAGCUGCUGAACCCCUGGUGAAAAGCCUCCGUCUCCAUGGCAAUGCUGUAAUGUGCCUAGCCGCAGAUGACAAGUACAUCAUCUCUGGGAGUAAAGACUGCACUGUGGCUGUUUAUGACCGCAGGGCAGGCAAAGGCUUGAAGAAACUUCAGCUGAGCUCUUACCUGCUGUCCAUGAGCUACAGUGGCAGUGAGGUGUGGGCAGGAGACAACAGCGGCAUGCUCCACUCCUUUUCUAUGCAAGCGGGGACCUUAAAACCCCUGUCCCAGUUUGAUGUGGGUCACACAGCUCUGGUCACUGGAAUCCACAGGUCGCCUGGGAGCCUCUAUACCUGUUCAUCUGAUCGUACUCUCAAGGUACACAUCCCUUGUGCUCCUCCAAGGACGUUAUGCACACUGCAUCAUCAAGCUGGCAUCAAUGGGCUGAGUGUGGACGCUGGAGUUCUUGCUGUGGCCGCAGGGGACAUGUGUGUGGAAGUCUGGAGGCCCAGAAAAUGAAAGAGCAGGACUUUGAAACUAUGUGGCAAGACUUGAAAGCAGGAGGGGACAACACCAGAGGCCUAUCAGCAACGCACUUUGGAAUUUGGAAUACAUGGAGUAAACAAGAAGAAAUACAUGACUUCAAUAAAAGGAUAAAAAACAAACAGCUCUCUUGGCUGACUGGAUAUAUCAAGAGAGAUGUAAGUAGUAACUUAACAAGGUAAGGGAAAUAAAGAUGAUUGUGGUGCAUAUGGCCAAACACAUUAUUUUAUUUUGCUGCACUGCCAAACAGAUGUUAAAAACUAAUGUUUUUUGGUAAUAGUGCUACCAGUUGUAUAGUUGUAUUGCUAAUUUUUAUUUCCUCGUGUUGAUAUUGUUGGAUAGCAGAGGCAGGGUUGGGAAGGUACAGGUCACCUGCCAAAAACCCUCAAUUUUCUCCCCCCCCCCCCAAAUUUUAGUCCUUGCUUGAUUCCAUUGAGAAAUUUUUCUACAAACAAAAAACACAUUAACAUUUAUUGCUACUUAUCUAUCUCUCUUUGCCAUUUUGUGCCAGUACUUCAAGCUUUCAAAGACACUACAUUUGAAGAGGUUUGUUUCUCUUCUUUAAAUUGUUUGUUCGUUCAAACAGCUUGGAAAAUGCAGACAUUUAAAGGGGUUGUGGCAUUUACAUGCUUACAAAUUUACUAAAUCCAUUAUAGGAACAUUGUACAAAACACAUUAGUGACAAGGAGUAGGAGUGACAAAGGAAACAUCAACAUAAAGUGUCUCAGUAAGGUGUUGGGCCACCAUGUGUUGCCAAAACAGCUUCAAUGCGCCUUGGCAUUGAUUCUACAAGUCUCUGGAGUCUAUUGGAGGGAUGGACAUCAUUCCUCCAUGAGGUAUUCCCUCAUUUGGUGUUUUGAUGAUGGUGGUGGAAAGCGCCGUUUAACACACGUGCAAAAUCUCCCAUAGGUGUUCAGUUGGGUUUAGAUCUGGUGACUGAGAAGGUCAUAACAUAUGAUCCACAUAACUGGAAUGUGCGGAAGCAUCUGCAUUUGUUAUGUUUCUCCACUGAUUUGUUCAGGUUUUUCUUAUAAUUUGUCACCCGUCUGUAUGUGUAUACAAGCCCUCUGUGACACAGUGAUUGUAUUUGCAAACCUAUUUAUUUGAACACAGUCAAUAGUGCUAAUCAAUAUUAUCCUUUUUCAUAGGUAUGUGUGUAAAUGCCUUGUGUGUGUGUGUGUGUGUUAGUUCUAACAUUAUAUAACUAUUUAAUUAUAUGGAUAAAUGUAACUGUAAAUCAUUUGCACAAUACUUGACGGAUGCAUAUGUUAAAACACACUGAAAGACUGUUUCCACAGAAGAUGUCAUUAAAUGGCCUGACUGUGAUGGGACAGUUUUAUUUGCCUGAACAGCUCCCAGGCAGUUCUUUAUUGUUUUGAGGUUUGAGG